AUGGCUUUCAUGGAGACUUUGUUAUCUCUAAUUUCUCUCCUCUCAAGUGCUUUGCUACUACAUGCCGCUGUUGAAGGUCCCAAGGCCAUCACUCUAAGGCUCAUUCACCCAUUCUCCCCCCACUCACCUUUCUAUCCAGGGAACAUUACAAAUAUGGAGAAGAUUGAUCUACUUAUUCAAGGCACAGAAGCUCGUAUGGAUCAUCUAUUCUCAACAAAGAGAGAAGAAAAUUGGAAUGGUAGCAGUGAGGUUGAUGAUAUAGUGGCACCAAUGAAAUAUACUGGUUUUUACUAUGUAGCCCAAGUGGGUAUAGGUUCAUUUCCACCUCUUCCUGGCCCAAAGGUAAUACCUUAUUUCUUCAUGAUGGACACUGGAAGUGAAUUAACAUGGGUUCAAUGUGAAGGUUGUGAUCCUUGCUUUCCCCUACAACAACAAAAUUUCCCAUACAAAAGAUCUCAGAGUUACAAGCCUAUUCCUUGUGGUGACCCAACCUGUCCAACUCCAAAACAGGAUUGCUUUCAAUCAUUUUGUGGUUUCAGAAUAAGUUAUGGGGAAAGCCCUAGUCCCUCAGCAGUGGGAGAAAUUAUAAGAGAGACCUUAACAUUCCCUUCUGAUUUUAGAGGUACAGAAUCUUACAGCACUUUAUUCUUAGGUUGUGGCUUUCAGAGCCGCAAUUUUCGGUUUCCACAACAGAAUCAAAUUGGUGGGAUUUUAGGCUUAGGGUUUGGAGGCCCUAGGACUUUUCCCUUGUGGAACCAAGUUGGCAAAAAGCGCUUCUCUUAUUUCCUCUGUACCUCUGAACACACCAAUUCUAAGUUAUAUAUUGGAGAAGGUGCAAAGAUGGUAGGACCACAAGUUCUGUCAACACCAUUACUGAGAGGAUCUAAACCAACACUAUACUAUGUGGACUUGCAGGAUAUUAGUAUCCAAAACGUCCGCCUUGGACUACAGGGAUCCUUCUCUAGUGGUACUGCCAUCGAUACAGGUUGUCCAAUUAGUUUACUUGUUUCUAAUGCUUAUGCUCGUGUGAGAAUUGGUUUUGUUCAGUACUUCACACAGUUUCAUAUUCAACCAUAUGAUAACGGAAGUAAACCUAAAGAUGUGCCAAUAUUAGAUCUCUGUUUCCCUAACCCUUCUGGUUUUAAUAGGUAUCCAACUAUGACGUUCCAUUUCAAAGGAGCUGACCUAGUUGUGCAACCCCCCGGUAUAUUUAUGGUAGGGAGAAAUUAUAUUUGUGUUGCACUUAAAUCAGGCCCCGCUACAAUGAUUGGAGUUUUUCAGCAAACAAACUACAAGUUCUCCUAUGAUUUUGAAUUGGGAGAUAGAAGACGAGGAGAAGUUGGUGCUCUUCUCUUUGCUCCUCAAGAUUGUGGGUCCCCUUCUUAA